UUCCUCUGUUCUCACCUCCAUCCUUCCAUCGCUUCCACCUCCUCCAUCACGUACUGUGCCAAGCGUCUUCAACUCUCUGUCUCUCUCUCCUCUCUCCUCCAUCCAUACGCACGGCCUGUGAUUGUGUGCGUGCCUAUCUCUCUCUCUUCUCUACAUUGCCUAUAUGUACACACCUCCCAACGUUUCUUUCUUUCCCUUUUAUAUCUGUUUUCCCCCGUGACCACCCCAACUUCUCUCUCUGAACUUAACACCGCUCAGUAGUGUCUUUGGCUCUUCCUCGUUACAAUACUUUCCUUGACCAAAACCAAUUUGAUAUCUUUGAUACUGGGUUGGUUGCUCUUUCCUCGGGCUCUGGGAUUUUGGAAUACCCUCGUGUUCAGAGUUUUUAUACUUGGUAGUGUCAUCAGAUUUUGUUUCCUGUAUCAAUAAGGAAAGUGAGGGAAAUUUUUUACUACUUGUUUAUUUAUUUUAUGUGGUUCUGGGGUGUUCCGCUCCAAUUAUGUUCCUAAACUUCUUGGCUUUUUCUUCGUUUCUCAUUCAUUUCUAUUUCCUUUUCAAAUAUACAAGCUAAGGCCAACACCUUUUAUUCCCUGUACUUUUUGGGUUUAGGGUUUUGUACCUUUUUUUUUCCCUGCCAGUGGCUUCUCGCUUUACUCCUCACUUCCCAGUCUGGGAAAAAUGAAGCAUGUUUCCUUGUUUUGAGCUUUUCCUGUACCUCUGGGUUUAAGCCUGUGGAACUCUUGAAUUGAUGAACAUCUUUUCAUGCUUUGUUCACUAGGUGUUCUUGAAUUCUCUGCAUGCUGACUCAACUCCUUGUUCACUUGUGCAAGCUUUGAAUGACCUUCAGUAUCUAACCUGUUUCGAGCUUCUUCUUCUAUUCACAAAUGUCUGCAUGUUUAAGCGGAGCUAGUGGCAGAACCUACGGGUUCGAUUUCGAUUUUGUCAAAUCACCGUCUCCACCGACCCGAACUUCGCAUUCAUCUUCUCCUUCUUCAACUAUCUCGGAAUCGAGUGAUUCUCCACUUGCUAUCUCCACCCGAAAACCCCGAACCCCUCGAAAGCGACCCAACCAAACUUACAACGAAGCUGCUGCAACGCUUUCCAAAGCUUACCCAAAUCUAUUCCCCUCCGAAAGCCUAAAAAAACCAGGCAAGUUCACCAAAACAACGGAUAAUUUUGCGGACGAAACUUCAGAAUUGUUAUUUCCUUUCCAAAUAUUUGAUACGUCCUCUUUCCUACUUCAACACCAACCAAUCCAACAGAAGCCCGGUAAUUUUCCAGUGGAGCCCAAAGCGGUUAGUCUAACAGAAAAGGCGUGCCAGAGUCCAGGGGAGAUUAGCUCACGAGUGAGUACGCAAGAAUUCGACGAUGAUUGCCGAGAAGAUUUCGACGCCGAGUCGAUGCUCGAUGAGGAAAUCGGAGAGGGAAUCGAUAGCAUCAUGGGAAGCAGGGCCGAACAUUCCCUCGGCGCGUCUUGUCACGGCGAACACGUGAAUCCCGGGACUACGGAUUCAACGAGGUUUAAUUUUGGCGGGAAAUUCGAUUUCCGACUAAGAGCUCUCCGAGGAGUCGAUGAAGGGAACUAUUGGCGGAAUAUUCCCGCUGUUGUCCAUAUGCUUGAAAUCUCGCCAGAAAUAAAAAAGCCUGCUCCCGCAGCCCCAGUUUCGCCGGAGAAGAAAAAGAAGAAGACGAAGAAGGCAGAUAAGCCAACAACCAUCGAAUCAUGGAAUCCGGAAUUGCCGAAAGAGAGUUCGAUUCCGAAGGCGAAAUCAAAUCCUAGUUUGCUGUUGAAAUUGAAUUACAACGAGGUUUUGAAUGCUUGGUCCGACCGGAGUUCACCGUUCACCGGCGAAAGCCCCGCCUGUGACGUGCCCGGAAAUGAUAGCGCGGCGCGGCUGGCACAAAUAGAUCUGCUUUGGGAUAGCGGGGAAGGAGUGAUAAGAGAAGCCAGCGUGAUGCGUUAUAAAGAAAAGCGUCGUACCCGCCUUUUCUCUAAGAAGAUCAGAUAUCAAGUUCGAAAAGUCAACGCUGAUCAACGGCCCAGAACGCAGGGGAGAUUUGCGAGGAGGCCCAAUGGGUGCUCUAACGCACAAAGCUCAUAAAGUGAAUAGCAGGUCUUACGUGCCAUCGCUCUCAACUCUAAUCAUGAUAAUAAAAAGAAGCUCAACACUUUUUAUUUGUAUUAUUUUGCUUUCUUUGCCUUUUUUUUUUUUGGUUUUAUUUUACAAGGAAAAAGCCAACCAGUAGAGUGGAGUAGGGCUAUUUUAAACCUUUUUUUUUUAUUGCUGGGCCUUUUGGGGGGUCUCACAAUAAAUAGUGUCUUUCAAUAAAAGAAAUGUCAUUCAUGGAUUAGCCAUUCUCAUUUGUGAAGCAUUGCUGCUAUUUAGUUGGUUAGUUGAGUUCUAAUGCAUAUGGAUGCUCUACAAGGUAUUAAAAAUUGAAUUGGUGAUUAAUUAAUUAAGACACUUGUUCAAGAGUUAAUUGUCAUUCUAAUCAAAAUGUGAUCAAACUGAUUAUAAAUAGAGCAUUUCAUUAAGUUAGUAAAAAUACUAGUUUACAAUUUAUUGGUUUAACUGAUUUUGUCUGACUUGCCUCCUUUAUACCUUUCUUAGCAAACUAUGCGUAUUAUAGUUGCCCAUACCUUCCAAUGUCUUUUGUUGCGUCAUGUCAUUCCCAUGUUAGGAAUUGGUGUCAUUUUAUGGAAAAUGCUAACAUUCGGUUUUAAAGGGUAUUAACCAUUAAGCACUUCCGAAGCGGCCUUCUUAUCCAUUUCACUCUCCUCUAAAUACCUAUGGUUAAUUGUUCCUUUACUAAGGAAAAGUAGAGCACACUGAUGUUAAGUUAUAUGUUAGCAACUCAAAUUGUGUGUGAAAUGUGAAUGGGAGGAUUCUCAUCUCCCGAGCAGUAUUGAGGUUGUCUAAUUUUUAAAGUGCAUACAGCAAAAUUAUCAAGGAA